AUGCGCGCCCUCCAACGACCGGCGCUCCUCCUCCUCCUCGGCCGCUCCCGCCGCCCCUCCUCCCUCGCCCUCCUCCCAACGGUCACCACCCACACCACCCCCUUCACCUCCACCACCUCAUCCACGCAACAACAAGCACCACCAAAAACCGGCGCAGAAAAACAAGGCGACGGCCCCCUCUACAACUCAUCCUCAUCGACCCCUGGCGCAUCCCCGCCGCCGCACAAAAGCACGAGCACGAGCACGAGCAACGCCUCCAAAGACGAGCACAAGACCGGCGACGACCACCCGGCCAAGCAGCCGGAUCCGCAGGCGCGGCCGACGCGGGUGACGGGGUUCGGCGGGCGGGAGGAGGUGAAGGGGGGGAAGGAGGGGUUGGGUGGCGGUGAGGGUGGGAAGGAGUAG